GAUAACAGAAGAAGAAUGGAGAAACUUUUUUUAUUAAUAACUUCUGGAGUAUUUAUGUAUUGCUGUAUCAUAUGUCCAUUGCUAUGCCCUCCAAAGACCGAGGCUGACUGCAAUGAAAAACUAAACAUUUCAAGAUGUCCAAACAAUCAUUCAAAUUACGAAUCCCCUUACCGAAUCAAAGAUAAAUUCGAAAUCAUACGAGUAGCGAAGAGAAUAGUUAAAUCUGAUGGCGUAGUAAUACUCACUUUUAUGAACAAAGCAUUUAAACCAUUCCUAGCUAAUUGGAUGUGCCACACCAAACAAAUGGUAAGAGAAUCUCAGAUUUUACUCGUGAUGACUGAGACAGAAGAGUAUGGUGAUUUUCGAUCUGUAUAUCCUAAAGUAAACAUCGUUUACUUGAAAAGCUUCCAAGGAAUCAGCGAAAAUCAGAGAUACUGUACAGCAGGAUUUAUGCGUAUUGGUAUUUACAGAACAACAGUUGUUAACUGGAUAUUACAGGAAGGUGUACCAAUAUUUGUUUUUGAACUGGACGCACUAUGGUUACAAAAUCCACUGCCAUUCAUAACAACUAAUACAGAAUAUGAUAUAACAAUUAUACCGACGUAUGAAAAAUCAUUCGAAGCCGCAAUUGGCUUUUACUAUAUGACAGCAAAUAAGCGAAUGCAACAAUUCUGGCAGGAAUUAACGCGUCGUCUUCAUGACUUGAGUAAGACCUUUUCCUGUUUAAAAAACAAAGAAAGAGUACGGGGAAGGGAUAACGAUCAGAUGGUGCUCUAUGGUCUUAUUCAAGAACAUUACGAAAAUCUUAUCAUCUUCUUUUUACCAACAAAUAAAUUUCUUGACGGGAAAUGGUAUCGAAAACCAGAAACACAUUUGUUGAGAGAAGCUCUCAUAUUAAAUUUUAAUUUUGUGAUUGGAAUUGAUGAAAAAAUUAUCCGUGCAAGACGUUUUGGGCACUGGUUUGUUGCAAAUGACAAUUUGACAUGUCUGCCUGAUAAAUAUGAACGUUUUCAAAUGUCUUUGAAUGAAUACCUGAAAUAACAUAUGGAUUUGAAAGUUUUCCGUGAACCCACCGUGAUAGCCACAUAAAUUUAUUUGCUUUUCUGUUUUUUGGCAGAUCACAAAUGGUGAAUUUGGGUUUAUAUAUUAAUUUUGGCAGAUAAAAUUAACGUGAAUCCUAGCUUAUCCAAUUAAUUCAUUUUAUAUGCAUUGAAUUGUAUAUGUAAAAUGUGCUUGAUCAGCAUUAGUGAAAAAUUUACGCUCAAGUAUAAGAAGGAAACAAGGUUUUUAUAAAUGUGUACAAAUGUGUUAUUUUAUUUGGCAUUAAAUCACACACAUCUCA